UUAUUCAAGCAAAUAAACUUAAAGAUAUUUAAAGCCCCAUAAAGCUUUAAAUAUUAUAUUAAAAAACAGAUGAUACAUCUAUCCAAAUAGAUGUUAUGCAUAAUUACGUAAUUAGAAAAGCACUGCCUGAAAUACUGCACAUGAACAUAUACAUUUAGAGCUGUAAAGGGAGGUAAUCAUAAACAGUGUGUUCAAUAAAACUUUAUACUAUGUUAAUCAAUAUUCAAAACUUUGGCAAAUAUUAGAGAAAACAGUCAGUGAAAAUAUGAUUUAACAAAAAGUUAGUAGAUUUCAUGGUCAUAAUAAAUAAGGUGGCAGCCACAUUAUGAGCCUUUAAGACUGUCAAAAUUUUAGGAAUUUCAGAAACGUAAGUGGGGUCAUUUUAAAUUUACAAGCAUCAAAGAUAUUUUUAUAUUCGAAACUCACCGAAUAAUAGAAUAACUCGGUCACUGUUGCCAAAAGCACAUUUUGACCUCAGCUAAUCUCAUAUUUCUUAUCUCGAAACUGAUUUAUAGCAGUUUGAUUAAUUAUAGGGUCAAUUCUUGUUUGUUGACGACGAGUGUUGACUAGCACAAUGGCUGUAUGGUUUAUACAGAUAUGUUCUGUUUUGCUGGUGGCUUUAUCAGUACAUGGUGCAUGCGAGCCCGGAUGGGUGCAGUUUGAGGAAUCAUGUUAUACAUUUGUCACCGCAUUUAGACAAUGGUCUGAUGCUAAGAAAUUUUGUGAAAACAUGAACAACACUCAUUUGGUUAUUGUGAUGAGUAAAGAAGAGAACGAAUUCUUAAAGAACAUUCUACGAACACGUCAUGCAGCUGCGGAGGUUCAAUUUUGAAUGGAUGGAGUGGACCAAAGAACAGAAGGAGAAUGGGUUUGGGAAUGUACAGGAGAAAGAUUUGAGGUCACAGACUGGUAUCCUGUCCUGGGGAACCUAACCAAAGUGGUGGAGAAGAAGAUUGUCUAACUUUCUACACAAGAUACAAUAUGCAGUGGAAUGAUGAACAUUGUGACAGACUGUUUCCUUUUCUUUGUGAACGGGAGUUAGUACUCUAAGUAUUUUAACAGAAACACAUAACACUGUGGUAAUACAUAUUUCUGUAAUAAAAAUCUUCAAGCUCUAAAAAGAAGGUACUACUGGGAAUGUGAAAGACGAAGAACGUAGUUAAACAUGUAGUGUAUAAUGCAAUGUGUUUACCGUUACAGUAGGAACCUCCAUUGAAACUUAAACUCUUUUUAGUAAGAAAAUGUUAUUUUAUUGUUCAUCUAAAUAUGUCAGUUCAAUAAGAUUAUACUUCUGCAAAUUAUCAUGUAAAUGGAUAGUGAAAUUGCUGACAUCGUCUUUGCACUACAAAAGAAUCUAUGCAGUGCCUCAUGCAAUGAAUAAUCUGCGACAUCAUUAUAGCGGAAAAGACUGGUGUUAUAGUGCGUUCUGCAAUUAACUGUUUAUUC